UGAUAAAAGAAGUCUGUAGUUUGGUUUCAAUCAUUUCGGAGAGAAAAAUUCGACGACGAGAAGACUCGACCCUGUUUGAAAAAUCAUCAUUAGAUUUUCCCCAAAUAGUGGCGGUUCAGAGUGACCAGUCAAACUUGCUCGGAAAAGAUGAAGUUGACGAUUUGUUUCAUCAUAUCGGUGAUCCUUUUCACGCCAUCCCUCGGAAUAUUCGAAUUCUGGCACGAUAUCCGAGACCACGGAGGACACGGUAGCCCAGUCUAUCACCUUUCCAUCGAUCUUUUGUACCUCGAAUGUAACGUCCCGCCCGCUUACCGAGGUUUAAAAUUUAAGAAGGGGAAGCGAGACGUUCGUGUCGGAAAAAGGGUAUUGAAUCAUUCCAUGGUGUACUUCAGAGGAAAGACCUAUGAGUUCGGUGCCAAUAGUCUGGUCCUACACGAAGGAGGAGUGGGGAGAACUAACCCUACCAGCUGCCCUACAGUGAGAAAGACCACGGCUGGACGCAGCCUAUGCACAGAAUAUCAGGCGACAGAGCUGGCGGUGCGGUAUCAUCAGGACCAUAAUUUUAAUCUCUUCUCUAAAAACUGUCAUAUGUUCGCUGAGUGGCUAAUCAAUAGACUGUUGAACAAUAAGUGUACUAUAUAGUGAGUGACAUGUGAAAGAGAGUUUGUAUUAUGACUAUGAGAUUUGAGAGCCAUUACUAUGGAAACCGUGAAUGAAGAGUACAAUCGAAUAUACUACAUGUAUGUGUAAAAGAUGAAUGAGAAAACAAACAAAGACAAAAAGGAAGAAAGAUGGAAUCAAGAAUCCACAUAUCGAUUCUAAGUAAAAUAUAACGAGUACGUUUUCAAAAAAGGAAAACAGGAUAUAUAUGUAUACAGGCGCGUACGCAAGGG